AUGGACAUCAAACCCGACCCCAGCAUCGCCGUCACCUCGACCACCCCGACGACCAGCCCCAAUGUCGCCCAUACACCAGCACCAAUACCCACAACCCCGCCCACCGACGACGUGGACUUGACCAAGUCCAUGAACGACAUCAUCCACAACGCAAAGAAUGCCACGGCCAAGGAGCAGAGCAUGAGCCUGUGGCAGGGCCUGAAGCUGUAUCCCAAGGCCGUGGCAUGGAGCAUCGUCAUUAGUACCUGCAUCGUCAUGGAGGGCUACGACAUCAGUCUGUUGACCAAUUUUUACGCCUUUCCUCAAUUCAACGAAAAGUACGGAGAACUCACCAGCGACGGCACAUAUCAAAUCUCGGCCCCAUGGCAAUCCGGUCUCAGCAAUGGUGCCCACGUUGGAGAAAUCAUCGGUCUCUUCAUCAACGGCUUCGUCUCGGAGCGCUUUGGAUACAGAUAUACCAUAAUGGCGUGCUUGCUCCUCAUUUGUGGCUUUACGGCCAUCUUCUUCACGGCGCAGAGUAUCAUCCAUCUGCAGGUUGCCAGUAUCCUGAUUGGCAUUCCAUGGGGCGUCUUCCAAACCCUGACCGUCACGUACGCAUCGGAAGUCUGCCCCGUCGCUCUCCGAGGCUAUCUCACGACUUAUGUCAAUUUCUGCUGGGGUCUGGGACAGAUGAUCGGUGUCGGCGUCAUCAAAUCCAUGUUGGGACGAAAGGAUGAGUGGGCCUACCGCAUCCCCUACGGCCUCCAAUGGAUGUGGCCCGUCCCCCUCUUCGUCGGGGUAUGCCUGGCGCCCGAAUCUCCCUGGUGGCUCGUCCGCAAAGGCCGCGUCGAGGAGGCCAAGCGAGCGCUCCUCCGCCUCACAUCCCUCGACAAGGAAACACACUUCGAUGCCGACGAGACCAUCUCCAUGAUGGUACACACCACGGCUCUCGAGGAGAAGAUUACCUCGGGCGCGACCUACCUCGACUGCUUCCGCGGCACAGACCUCCGCCGUACGGAGAUUGUCUGCAUGGUCUGGGCUAUUCAGAAUCUGGCAGGGAACUCCUUCUCCAACUACUCGACCUACUUCCUGCAGCAAGCCGGCCUGGCGACGAACACCUCGUACGACUUCGCCCUCGGCCAGUACGGCAUCAACAUGACGGGCGUCUUCGGCGCCUGGUUCCUCAUGCACUGCGGCGUCGGCCGGCGCACGCUGUACCUCGUCGGCCUCUGUGGACUCUGCACCAUGCUCUUCGCCAUGGGCUUCCUGGGCCUCGUCCCCGACCGGAAAGCCGGCUCCCUCGCCACCGGCGCCAUGAUGCUCGUGUGGGCCAUGGUGUACCAGCUGACCGUGGGUACGGUAUGCUACUCGCUGGUGGCGGAGCUGCCGACGCGUCGCCUAGCGAUCAAGACGGUCGUGCUGGGCCGCAACUGCUACAACGUCGUCGGCAUCGUGGCCGCGGUCCUGACGCCGUACAUGCUGAACCCGAGCGCGUGGGACUGGGGCAACUACGCCGGCUUCUUCUGGGGCGCAUCCUGCUUCAUGUGCAUCAUCUACACGUACUUCCGACUGCCGGAGCCGGUGGGGCGCUCGUUCGCCGAGCUGGACCUGCUGUUCGAGCAGGGUGUCAGCGCGCGCAAGUUCAAAGGCGCGCAGGUCGAUGUCUUUGGCGAGGAGGUCGGCGUUGUUGAGGGCGUCGUGGGCGGGUACGAGGAGAAGAAGAUGGAGGCGGACGGGUGGACGAACGAACGAAGAGAGAGUGCUAAUUGGUGGGGUAGAUUCGCGCCGCGUAGCUGCGUCGCUGCGGGCUUGUCAGGACAGGGGGUUAUGUGGGUCUGGAAUCAAGAGCGAGAGAGGAGAGGAGGGAAUCUCACAGUCCGUGCCCGUGACAAUCUUGCCAACUCCGCCGAGCUGGUUCAUGGACCUGAGCUGGAUAGCCGAGGAGGCGCCCGCGGGGUCGAAGUAGAAGCCGCGGAACUGGCGCAUGCUCGUCUCGGGGUCCAGGUUGCCGUUGACGGGCAGGGCAGCUGGGCGGUAGGGGAGGGCGCCGCCGCCGUGGAGGAACAUGAUGUUGGUAGCGGGGGGGGAGGGGUAGGCCAUGUCGGCCGUUGCGCAGCCGGGCUCGGAAGGAUGGACAAAGACGGUGGCUUGGCGAUCGUGGAGCGCUUGGAGGAUGGAGUUCAGGACGGGGUCGCCGAGGUAGGUGCCGGCGAAGUUGGUGUAGAGGCCUACGCCGUCAAAGUGCAGGCUGUCUAG